AGAUCAGCCAAGCCUGUCUGUCUUCGUGCCUGCUGCUGUUUACAAACAGCGGGCUACGUUGUUUCGCUUCUUCAAUUAAGGCGCUUAUGUCCUGCGCUUCGAUGUGUACUGGUAAUAACCAAAAUGGACGAACGUAAAGCAUUUUUCCAUCGGUUCGUUCACCUCGAUCUUAAGGGAGCCGCUUUCAAAGUUUCCUAUUACGAGCAGCUGCUGCCGCUCAUAGCAAGAAUCGGGGCGACUGGUGUUCUGAUCGAAUAUGAGGACACUUUUCCCUACAACGGUGACCUCGCAGACCUCAGGCAUCCGGAGGCAUAUUCCCAAGAAUGCGUUAUGCAGAUUAUACAGAUGGCCAAGCUUUCGAACCUCCUAGUCGUACCUCUGGUCCAGACGUUCGGUCAUUUGGAGUUCGUCCUGAAGCGAUCAAAGUUCUUCGAGUUCAGAGAAGUUGCUCGGUACCCGAACGUUCUCUGCCCGUCUCACCCAAAGUCGUCUUCCUUAAUCGAGGAAAUGGUGACGCAAGUAAUGCAGCUUCACACAGAUGCGCAGUGGUUUCAUCUAGGCGCUGAUGAGGUCUGGCACCUUGGCCAAUGUGAGAGGUGUCGCACAGUCAUGGUGGACAAGCAGUGGGGCAAAGACCACCUGUACGUGGACUACUUGUCACGAAUUGUGGGCACACUGCACAAGAAGUACCCCAUGCUGAAGUUCAUUGUUUGGGAUGACAUGAUGCGUGACAUGGACCCACAAAUAAUCACUGGUGCAGGACUGCAUCAUCUUGUGGAGCCCAUGGUUUGGCAUUACUUCCCUCAAUCGGAAUUCCGGCUCAAGCAAUGUAUGUGGGACAAGUACCUUUCCAUUUUCCCAAAUGUGUGGAUAGCCAGUGCCUUCAAGGGGGCCACAAAGAUCAAUCAGAUGCUGACGCCUACGUCCUUCCAUAUCAGCAACCACGAGGCCUGGAAUAAGGUCCUCAUGGAUAACAUACAGCAUGCGGGAUCCUUCAGGGGCAUAGCACUCACUGGCUGGCAGAGGUUUGAUCAUUUUACUGUCCUCUGCGAGCUAUUGCCUGUGGCCAUUCCUUGCUUGGCGUUAUGCCUAAAGACAAUCAUGGCAAAAACAGGCCUGACCACCGAAGCUCAUACUGAGGUGUCACAAUCCAUAGGCUAUUUUGGCAACAUUGAGAUGGAGGUCUUUCCAAGACCACAGACAGUGCCGCCUGUGCCAAACUUCCCCGGGGGAAAGUUGCACGUGUCCGUGUUGCACUUAACCAAUGUGAUUGCGGAACUGGAGCAAGUGCUCCUGAACCCGAGCGUGCAGGGCGGAUUCCACGAGUUUCUAGUGGCUCACAACAGGACGAAUCCACUUCAUGUCGACCAGUUUGUCAACACAGCUCGAAAGCUUCUGGUCAACAUCGAGUCGCUAUAUCGAGACAUUACAAAGGAACUGUCUGACAUCUACUACCAAAGCACGGUUGAAGAGUGGCUCUCUACUUACGUCAGCCCGUAUCGCGAGAAGCUGAAGAAACUCGUGAGCGAUGCGGACUUGCAAAUAGCCGUAAAUGUGCCUAUGUGAUUUCCAGACACAAUCGUAGGCGCCAAACAUAUGUUUCUUUGCGUUCACGUAAUAUUACCAUUUUGCUGUGUAAGCAGUGCACCGAGGCGAGAGAAGAACAGCGUACCAAACUUGACUUAGUCACCAGUUUGACGGGCGACCUUAUGUCAUCUAUUUCGUGCUCAUCGUUGUUGGAACUGUAAGUAGAUGUAGUAUUCAUUCGUGCGUCUAGUAGAAUAGUGAAACCUACUUAUUACGUAAAACGACUAAAAUGAAUAGUGAGACAUGUUUGUUUAGCUUUAAGCAGACUGCGACUAAAGAAUUUAAAUAGCAUUUGCGUGUGACUUCACUUCCUGUAUUCUCCUGAAAACGCAUUCUCAUAAGUUCUUUGAGGUAUUUUCCUCCCUAUCUAAGAAUUCGUUCCAGUUUCAAGAGAAAAAAAAAGAAUGCAGAGCAGUUUUCUGAAAACUGCUCUGCACUCUUUCUUUUUUAAGGUUUUCCAGGGUGCGUCAAGGAUCCAUCCUCAUGGCCCGACAUUUCAUAAAUUACAAGGCUUGUGCUGUUCUCAAUACAGAAUUGUAGUGGUGAGGUUUUCAGAAGCCCACUAUGAACAUUAC